UUGCUGGACGAGUUCGAUGAGGAUGGAACUCCACAGAAAAAUGCUCAAAUAAAUAAACAAGUGCCCAUCCUCAAGAUAGUCUUCUCAGAUGAAGACACCAAACCAGCCUUCAGGCUCACCAGGUCUACCAUCCAGCUGCUGGUCCAGGUCCUGCCGAGAAAGAAAAGGCAUGGUUGGAGCCACGAGAUGGAAGUGUACAUGUUUGUGUACUGGCUUGCAUGUGGUGCUUCAUACCAUGUGACAUCUGAUGCCUUUUCUAUGCCAGUGGCUACAGUGUGCAGAGCUGUACACCACGUGGUAGAGGAAAUGAUGACAAUCCUCCACCGCAUCAUCCAUUUCCCCAAGGCCGAUGAGAUGGAGGUGGUGGGGGCAGGUUUCGCUCACCUAGCCGGCCAUGAAGCUUUCUGCUUCGCUGCAGGAGCCAUUGAUGGGUGCCACAUCAGAAUCCGUCCACCUGCUAUGCCACAAAAAAAGAGUUACUUGAACCGCAAGCCAUCGGUUCCAUCGGUUAUCCUGCAGGGCAUUUGUGACAACAGUGGAAAGUUCAUUGACGUGUACAUUGGCAACACAGGUUCUGUCCACGAUGCCCUUGUCCUGCGGAGAUCUCCAAUGUUUAAGGAGUCCCUUUAUCCCCCGGCUGGUUAUUUCCUCCUUGGAGAUGGUGGAUAUCCAUGCCUGCAGAAUCCUGUGGCUGUCAUCACCCCGUUUCGACAGCCUAUAGCUGGACGUGUUGAGGCCCGGUUCAACAGCCACCAUGCCAAAGCCAGGUGCAUAAUUGAGCGCACUUUCGGCAUGCUGAAAACUCGCUGGAGAUCCAUCUUUCUGAGGGCUUUGGAAGUGCGUCCUCUGUUUGUCCCCAAGGUGGUUGCUGCCUGCUGCAUUCUCCACAACCUUUGUCUCUCUGUGGACGACAUCUCAGAGGUGGACCAUCCUCAGCAUGAGGAAGAGGGUGACAAUCCGGAGGACUGUGCGGAUGAGUUGUCUGGCAACAACCUCCGGGCUAGACUGGCUGCACACCUUUCUGCUCCUACAGAACUCCAUGCAUAUCUGCAGGAGCAUGAUUACUUUUAG